AUGGGAUAUUAUUUUUUAAGUUUAUUUAUAAUUAUUCUUAUCAUACUUAUUUCAAAUAUUUUCUGUUUAUGGUUAAGUGAAGAUGGAUUAUUUUAUGAUAAAGAGUUAGAUAUAUUAAUUCCUUAUUGUAAUCCUAUGGGAGGAAAAUGGAAUUCAACAUUACAUAUAUGUUUAUGUUAUGGACAUUAUAGUGGAUCAAGAUGUGAAUUUGUAUCUAAAUGUCUUCAUGGACAAUUAAUGAAUGGAAGGUGUGAAUGUGCAUAUGGAUGGCAAGGUGAUUUAUGUAACAGAAUAAAAUGUUAUCAUGGUACAGCUGUGACAUCAAAUAAAUGUAUAUGUAAUAAAAAUUUUGGUGGUAUAUAUUGUGAUAGUUGUGUAGAAAGGAAUACUAAUGGUCCACCAGAUUGUAUUUCUACUCUUUAUGAGGAUGAAUAUGAUGAUUAUGAUGAUGAAAAAAUUAAAGUAACUUAUAUAUAUAUAUAUUUAUUACGGUUUCUGGUAAUAUUUGGAGUAUUUAUGUGUUUAUUUGUUUUAAAACAAACAUUUUUUUUGUUAAGAAAAAGAUGUAUUGAAAAUAAAGUAGAUGAUCAUUUAGAUAAUAUUAGUAUUAUCAGUGAACGAGCAAUUAUAAAAAAGACUGUUGAAAAGAUUCAUGGAAUUAAAUUUCCUCCAACAUAUGAAGAGUCUGAGAAAAAAAAUUUAUUACCUGAAGAUGAAAGAAAUAUUUAUAGUGUACCUGAUGGUGCUGGACCUCCAAUAUAUGAGGAUAUUGAAGUUCAACAACCUAUAUUAUCUACCAUUGUAAAUUAA